CACUUAUUAAUACGAUAUUAUUACGAUUACGAUUAUAAAUUUCGAAAAUUUAUAUGUACAAGCUUACGUCGUUACGCCAUGACAAUCUACGAGCAGAUCAGUGAUCAGUUUUGCCGCGUUGUGCACACCAACCUCAAGAUACCACUAUCCUAUUGCGAAACACGCUCACACUGGAAAUUCUCGAAAAGUAUCGAUACAAUGAUAUUUUUCUAUACCCUUAGCUUUGGUAUCCUUCGAGUGAUACUACAUUUUAUAGAUUUGGUGAACAUUUACUUCAGAGGGAUGCGCUUGAGGCGGCCAAGCAAUCUCUUGAUCUUGAGGGGCGAGAAUUCGCGGGGCUUUCGAGUUCUCAAGCACCUUUUAAUGCUGAAAGCAUGGAUAUUAGUCAUAUACGGCAUGGUAUUCAUCAAGCCGCAUUACAUCAAUCCUUUCGUUGUGCUUUCUAUCAUCAUUUUGACCAUCGAUGUGUUUGUAUUGGUGUUGGAUAUCCUGCGAAAGGCCAGGAUACCUCUUGACCGCAGGGUGACCCUUUGGGAAAUGAUGCUCAACUUGUGCUGUGUUUUUUACGUACAGUGGAUUCUCAAGCAACAGAUCCAGUAUUAGCGUACGAAUUUUUUUUGUUUGGAUAAAAUUAUGGGCGCAAUGCCGAUAUGUGUUUAUAAUCAUCAAAAUUCUCCGUGACAUGUAGCACUUCCUGAAAUAAAAUAAAGAGUCACUCGGAUGUCUGUGGACUUCUUGGGACGACUGUAUACUUUCG